CUGCUAAGUAGGAGGUUAAACAUUAGGAGCAGUCUGCAUAAGACAGUCUUCUUUGAUUGCUGAAACAGGAAGGACUGCACUGAUAAAACUUUUUAAAAAGUACUUAGAGCAGGAGGACGACUACAGCCAUGAGGCUUCUCUGUCUACUGCAACUGGUCUGCUUGGCUGGUUGUAGUACAUCCAGAUUAAGAGAGUGGGCUCAUCAUGGUGCCCCCAUGUUUGCUGACCUCACAGUACGUGAGUUGAAAGCUGUCCGGGCCUACCUGCAUGGUAUUCCAGAGCUGAAGCUCACUGAUGCCCGUAGCAAUACGUUGAAGAAGAAUAGCAUCCUACUGAUAGAAUUACAUCUGCCAAAGAAGCAUGAAGCCCUGAGAGCUCUCGACCGUGGACAGGCUAAACCCACACGUCAAGCCCGUGUGAUCAUCCAAUUUGGGAACCAGCCCAAGGCCAACAUUUCUGAGUACAUUGUGAGUCCUCUGCCAUCCCCAAAGUCCCACACAAUCAAGACAUUUAAGGGUGAUAGGCCUGUCAAGUUUGAAUCGAGGCCUAUUACUUCUGCAGAGUAUCACCAUAUUACUAACAUGCUCACAAAGAUAACAACUAUUGCCCACAAGCUCCUUUUUGAGACCACAGGAGGGUUUUCCUUCACUAACUGCUCUGACCGCUGCCUGACGUUUUCAGACAUUGCCCCCCGUGGGGUGGGUCCGGGUGAGAGGAGAAGCUGGAUCAUGUUGCAGAAGUUUGUAGAAGGUUAUUUCAUCCACCCAGUUGGGUUUGAGAUAUUGAUCAAUCACCAGGACCUGGAUCCAGAAAACUGGACUGUUGAGAAGGUCUGGUACAACAGUAUGUACUUUGACAGUGUUGAGGAACUGAUAGCAAAAUAUGAAUCAGGAGAUGUGGAGAAGAUCAAACUGCCUGACCAUGACGACAGUGACCUCUUCUCCACCUACAUUCCUCGGGGUCAGAGCAACAGCCCCACUAAUAUCCAUGGGCCGAAGCUUGUGGAGCCCCAGGGGCCUCGCUAUCAUAUUGAUAACAAUUUUGUUGAAUAUUCUGGAUGGUCGUUUGCCUACAGAGUCCGCUCAUCAGCUGGGCUUCAAGUCUUUGACCUCCGCUUUAAUGGAGAAAGGAUUGCCUAUGAGAUCAGCCUGCAAGAAGCUGUUGCCUUUUAUGCUGGUGAUACUCCGGCUGCCAUGCAAACAAAGUACAUUGACGCUGGCUGGGCAAUGGGAACCUCAACCUACGAGCUGGCACCUGGAAUAGACUGUCCAGAAAUUGCCACUUUUGUUGACCUUUACCACUACUAUGACACAGACAAACCUGUGCACCAUAAAAAUGCACUCUGUAUUUUUGAGAUGACCACUGCCAUGCCUCUGAGGAGACAUUUCAACUCCGACUUCCAGGGGGGAUACAACUUCUUUGGAGGAUUGGAAAACACUGUGCUAGUGAUGCGGACAACCUCAACAGUUUAUAACUAUGAUUACAUCUGGGACUUCCUUUUCUACCAAAAUGGGGUAAUGGAGGUUAAGGUCAGUGCUACUGGAUACAUCCACGCCACUUUCUUUACACCUAACGGCCUUCACUAUGGUACCAAGGUGUACAACUAUGUGCUGGGUAACCUUCACACACAUCUCAUCCAUUAUAAGGUGGACCUGGAUAUUGCUGGUCGAGAGAACAGCUUUGAGACUGUGGGUCUGAAAUUUGUCAACUUCACGAAUCCCUGGAGCCCGAAGAAUUUUGUCGUCCAGUCCAAACUCCACAGGACAGAACACAAGACUGAGCGAUCAGCUGCUUUCCGCUUUGGCAAAAAGUUCCCUCGUUAUUUGCACUUUACCAACCCCAAUGAGAAAAAUAAAUGGGGACACCAGAGGAGUUAUCGUAUUCAAUUCAACUCACAUGCCCACAGUGUUCUUCCAAGAGGCUGGAGAGAGGAAAAUGGCAUCAGCUGGUCAAGAUAUCCUCUGGCUGUGACUCGCCAUAAAGAUAGUGAAGCAACCAGCAGCAGCAUUUACACCCAGAAUGACCCCUGGGAGCCUGUUGUAUCCUUUGAGGACUACAUCCGCAACAAUGAAGACAUAGUCAACCAGGACCUGGUUGCCUGGGUGACAGUUGGCUUCCUACAUGUGCCUCACUCAGAAGAUAUCCCCAACACGGCAACACCCGGCAACUCGGUGGGCUUCUUUCUCCGACCCUUCAACUUCUUUGACGAAGACCCUUCGUUGGCAUCCAGAAGCACCGUCAUCGUCAGGCCAGACAAGGAUGGCAAGCCCAAGGUCCAGAGAUGGACACCUGAGGUCGUAGGUCACUGUGUGACAGACAAACCAUUCUUUUACAAUGGCACCUAUGCUGGAGUCUAGAGGUUUGGGGGGGUUCCCAAAAAGUAUUUUAACACAAAUACAAAUUUUCUCCAUUUAGGUAAUUUGCACAAAAGAAUAAAAAAAAAAAAA